AUGUUCAAGAACGCUUUAAGAAAGGACGGCCGAACUCCAUUCUUAAAUUCCGUCAAACAACUGGCGAUUCGGGACGUCAAUCCUUAAGCAGUUCCUUGGGAUCCAGUGCUGCCCAACCUCCUUCUUACUCAGAGCCUCCCAUAAUGCAAGUAACGGACUCGGCAGAAGCCGAAUCCUCAACUCAAGACGGAACUUUAUAUGCAAGAAACAAAAGGCCGCGAGUGGAUGGAGAUUUUCAAGGGCUUCAAACUGUGAACUCAGAGAGCGAUGAAGAGCUUCCUGGAUAUGAUCAAAUUAGCUGAUUUCUGCAAGGCGGGACUGCUUUUCGUCGAAACUCAAUUCUCGCCUUACCUGUCUACGGCUUCAAUCUUUCUUCAGUUGUUGGAGACCAGCCUUUCCCAGACUAGGUUAGAUGGGGUCAGUCUCAUAACAACUCUAGCACGGCCUCUCAAUCAAACCCAUUGUAUCGAUGACUGUGGUACAAUGGCAAUUCUCGCUCAUCAAUGUGAAGCGGUCUUGUCAUCUCGGACCACGUGCGCGCCCAUUCACACUACACUUAAAGACGCGACGGGAAGGCAACUCUACCUCGCGACAAACUUCGCUUCCCCAGAACGACACCACUCCAAAAUCGUUUCCACGACCGAGAAUCAACCACCCGCGAUUCCACGUCUUCCUACCUUUGAUGUACGCAAGGUAGUUCAACAAUUCCGAGAGGUUACAGAGUCCCGCCAACAAUCCUCAAAUGACUGCAAGCUAACAACCUUGCUUCGCAUUCGAAUGUCCCCCACCAGGACGGCGUUGACCACGGACGAAGCCACGCACAGCUGUACCUCAGAAGAGCUUUCCGACUCGAACGAUCCUUCCCAACAUCGACUCAAUACUUUGACAUGUUUCGGCAAGCUUGCCAUUGAGCUCCGAACAAUCAUAUGGCGAUUCUCUCUCCCAAGACAACGCAAGGUCCACGUCAAUACUCGCAUAAAUUUGGAUACUUCGGGUAAAUUCCACCUGUUCUCCAAGUCGCACUCCCGAUCUUCGUCCAUCUUCUGGGUCAAUCGUGACAGUCGCGCUAUUGCCUUGAAGCACUAUCGGGCUCUCCUUCAAGAUAGCAGCAACCCGAGACGGAAGACUUAAUUUCAUCUCGCGUCCGAUAUUGUCGCCUUCCCCGAUCUCCAUCCGUUGAGAGAGGGCAACUUGCAUUUGAAAGCUUCACCCAGAUUUUUGGCCACAUUCGAGGAGGUGCAUUCGCUGGAGCUACAUCAAAUGUGGUGGAGUGGUUUCAGAACCUUCAUCACAGGUCUAGGA